CACAAAUAACCCCGAGAAUCCAAGUGGACCUGAUUGCCUGCUUACAUAUUGAACGAUUCGAUAUUUGUCGACGAAUUCUUUCAUCCUUUUCCUAAAUCAACAACUUCCAUAUCUCAAUAUGGCCGCUCAAGAACCGCUAGUCCAUUUCUACGACCUCUCAGGUCCCAAACCAUGGUCGCCAUUCUGCUGGCUCACUCGCUACGCUCUCAACUACAAAAACAUACCCUACACCGUCACCAAGGUGUCCUACCCUGGCAUUGGUCCCAAAUGUGAAGAGCUCUUCAAAGACAUGACUGGCCUUGAAGCCACAGUGCCCAUCAUCGAGAUCCUGCAACCUCCUUACAAAGCACUCAAUGACAGUACACCUAUUGCUUUGCUUCUGAAUGAACGUUUCACGGAGAAAGAUGGCUUCAAGCAUCUGAAAGAUAUAGAGAAAGUAGAUGCGUAUGCGGAAUCGUUGGGGAGCUUUGGGAGAGCAAUCAUUAGGUGGAUUAUGUUUGAUGUUUACUCUAAUUCUCUGGAUAAGAGUGAUGGGAGCCAGGAGUAUUUCAAGGAGACAAGGGAGCCGAGGUUGGGCUGUGAAUUAAAGGAUCUUCUGGAAAAAAAGGGUGGGGGAGAAGAGAAAGUGAUGCAAGAAAUUAGAGAAAAUUGGACUCCACUUCAGGAAAGAAUGAAAAAGGACGAUGGGACUAGUGAACCAACAUACAUCGACUUCUUUGAUGCAGCACACAUUCGUUGGAUCGAAGCUGCAUCUCACGAGAAGUAUGAGAAGUUACUUGGCCUCUACAGCGACGACACCUUCACCAAGUUGAUGAAGAAAGUCUCCAAAUAUGAGACUUGAUCGGUCAACCUCAUUUCAGAAAAAAUCAAGUUCUUCCAAAACA